GUUAGCGGUCACUUCGACCAAUGGCUACGGAGCCGGUCCGCAGGGCAGGCGGAAGUAGUACAGGCAAGGUGGCUCCGCAGUGCCGGCGCUGAGCGGUGCAGCAGAUCCUGGUCGUGGCUCCUGCGCCUUGGUGCCCCAGCCGAGAUGCCGCGCUUCGCCCUGACCGUCAUCCGCCAUGGCGAAACAAGAUUUAAUAAGGAGAAAAUCAUUCAAGGGCAAGGAGUAGACGAGCCCCUUUCAGAGACUGGGUUUAAGCAAGUAGAGGCUGCUGGUCGGUUUCUGAACAACGUGAAGUUUACACACGCUUUCUCCAGUGAUCUCACGAGGACUAAGCAGACCAUAUGUGGCAUUUUGGAGAAAAGUAAAUUUUGCAAAGACAUGGCGGUGAAGUAUGAUCCCAGACUCCGAGAAAGGAAGUAUGGGGUCGUAGAAGGCAAGCCGUUAAGCGAGAUGCGAGCCAUGGCCAGAGCCGCUGGGGAAGACUGUCCGUUGUUCACUCCACCCGGAGGAGAGACACUGGAGCAGGUGAAAGCACGUGCAAAGGAUUUCUUUGAUUGUAUUUGUCAACUCAUCGUGGGUGAGACAGGCCAGAGAGAAGGCGUCUUCCCCGGGGCUCCAGGCAGCUCUCUGGAAAGCUGUUUGGCGGAGGUAUUCCCCGUAAGAAACUGUUUGCAGUUGCAUCCUGAUGGUGGCAUCCCUGGUUUAGCAGCCAGCAUCUUAGUUGUGAGCCAUGGAGCUUACAUGAGAAGCCUCUUUGGUUAUCUUCUGAGUGACCUCAAAUGCUCAUUGCCGGCCACACUAGGAAAAUUCGAACUCUCGUCAGUCACUCCCAAUACUGGGAUUAGUGUCUUUAUCGUAGACUGUGAGGAGGGACGUGAACCAGCAAUUCAGUGUGUUUGUAUGAACUUCCAGGAGCAUCUAAACGGCGUGAGGGAAAAGCACUAAGUUUAAAGCCCUUACACUUUGGAACCUCUGAAGGGAGUGGUGCCUUGGCCUGUUGUACUUGUGUCCUCUGCUCCUGCCGUUGUAGAAGCAGUUAAGAAUUCAUAUGACAGAGCCCCCACUGGGGUCCUGCUGUAUGAGAUGAUAGUGGAAAUCCACCCCAAAUCAACCUGGUUUUUCCCAACACUCGCCAUUUUUCUACGGUAAUGUUGCCACUCUGUUCCAUUAUGUCUCUUAUUAACUUGUGGGGACAUUCAGCGUUGCACUUAGGGGAAUUAAUCUGCACAGUCUUCAUUGACCAUUUUGAUGUCUAGAUGAUGGCACUGGCUGUUGAAGAUAAUUGUGUGCUUUUUCACUAGUUUAUCAAGUGCUGGCAAGGAAGAAUGGUUUGUAUAACCCACUGUGUUUGCAAUGGUUGUGUCAGAGUCCAAAGUCCUUUUAACUGGCACUUCUUACUGUCAUCACUGUAUGUAAUGUAAAAUGGCAAAAUGGCAAAACACUAAAGUGUCUGGCAUAGAAUUCAGCUCUUGGGUUUUUUUUUUUUUUCUUUCUAAAGGCCUCAAAAUAUAGAUGAAGGACUGGAGGGGUGGAUCAGUGGUUAAGAGUACUUCCUGUUCUCCCAGAGAACUCCAGUUCAGAUCUCACUACCCAUCUCGGGCAGCUCACAACUGCCUAUAACUCCAGCACCAGGGAGCCAAUGCCUCCUUCAGGCCUCUGCGGGCACCAGUACACACACAAGUAAAGACGAUAAAAGAACACACCACUUGAUCAAGACUCAUUAGGAAGCCUCUGGGCAUAAGGCAAAAGCAGCUUUCCAGGCAAACCAGCAAAAAAUAAAUUAUCCCUUGCUUCUUUGUAUCUGCCCUGUAUGCGCAGACUUUCCAGUUGAGGGAUGAUCUACAGGAAGUAAACCUAGACUGGCAUCAGAAGAGAUGCUGAAAGAUGGUGUUCAGAUGGAACAGAUGGAGUGGCCUCCUUUCCCCCAGAUGGCGCUAUAGGAAAGGGAGUUUGAUUGCCCCUCAAGAAUCCUUAUCUGAGAAAAUCUUUCACUGCUGAAAAUUGGAGGCUGAAGUCAGUGUAUCAGGGGAGAGGAAUUAGGUACUUGGAAAAUGAAGUUCAUCUGCAAAGGAAAGCACACGAGUCAAGGCUUGGUCCUUGCCCUGUCUGGACACUAUGGAGCUGAUGCUCAAACUUGGAUGCUGGUAACCUAACACUAAGGGUUUACUUGGGACUCCAAACAUGUGCCAUGAAUAAAAACAUACCUAACAUCACGAGUUCAAUGUGACCCUGUUCCAAGAAACUCGAAGAGUAAUUAAGGAGGCUGUCGAAAAGUUGCCUUUGGUGACAAAGAAUUUCAGUUCAGAAUUCAUGUUAGCAUUUGGGGCGAGAAUUGCCACAAGAGAUUUCAGUCAAGCCCAAGGCUGUGGGUUUUGCUUCUGUUCCCAUUCCUGGAGAGGUGUUUUUGUUUUCUUUUUUGUUUUGGCCUCCAGCCGCCAGUGUCAGGCAUGUGGUCCAGAGAGCAUUUCUGACAGCAAGUGUGGUGAGCUGGGUUCAUCUGCAGUUUCACACACAUCUGACCUGAGUCUCUGAUGCUCCCCCAACAGUGAUUUCUCCUCUUAUUACCAGGCUGUAUUUUCCCAUCCCUAAAACUAGAAGUUAAUGUGUUACAUCUUGAACAUGCUAAAGGGAAUAAUAAUAAAAAAAGACAUAAAAAUUUGACAGAGAAAAAUGCAUAAUAGAUAAACUACCACAAAGCAGUAUCAAGGUGUUUUGAUCUGAAAUCAGGUGAGAAGAAACCGAGAACCUUUGCCUUCUCAGUUAUUAGCCAGAAAACGGGGUACCAGUCAUCCUUCUUAGCCCCGACCCACCUCCAUGGGCUUCCAGAGAUAGCACACAUCUGCAUAUUUGCUGAGCUUCUUCCUCACCACCUCCAGUCAGACAUAAUUAUAUAGAUUUGUUACAAAGAUUCUUUUUAGCAGUUUCAGGUUCAUGGAAAAAUCGGGCAAAAAAAUAGGAAGUUCACCUACAACCCUCCCUCCAGUUUAUCACUAAAGUCUUAACGGUAGUGUGUUUAAAAGAAGUCUAUAUCUAAAUGAAGGGUUCUGCAUGCCCAUCUUGAAUGGCCAUCUUGAUGAUUGUGUGGAUCUCGCGGCACAAGUGGGGUGUCCAGUGAAGGCUGCCUUCCCAGGAGGCCAGUGUUUCAACAUCUGCACUGCAAACAAAGUUCAGUAUCCCAGUAUCCGUGCCGUUCUUGGGUGUGCUUAGCAUGACCCUCCUUUUUCUACCGGGACCUGGCAUGAAAUUGAGCGCUAGAGGAAAGUGUAAAAACCUGAGGUGUCAUAUGUUACUUAGUGGGCCCUAUGUUCCAUCCUCAGCAUGGGGGGGCACAAAGGGGAGAGGGACCCUGCCCUUAAAAAGCAAAGAGAACCCAGUGUGAGUGAGUAGGGACCCCGUAGCCAGCUCUUCAGUGCAGCCCAGGCACAGGGCACCGCAUUAAGUUCUGCGGUUCUUUCCACUUCUCCCUGUGUGUAUGAGGCAAGAGUAUUGUUCUGACACCUUUAGAAGGUACAUAAAUACCCUACUGUCUGUAUUCUUCAUUUUACCCAUAUUGUUUGGGACACUAUUUAUUUGGGAAUGUACAGAUCUAUUUAAUUGUAACCACUAUUCCAUUGAAUAAAAUA